UAAAGCAAAAGAGUCACAAAACAGGAUUGUUUACAUUUUCUCCUGCAUGAACAAAUGCUGAAGUCAUUCUAGUCAUUUCAGCCCAAAUAUUUCGCGCUACCAGUUUUACGCGUUUACCUUUUAGUCAAUAUAAAAAUCUCAGCCUAGGUGUAAAGCGGUUGUCCGUAUAGCGACCAACUCCUAUUGUAGAGCUACACAGCCUGCGUUGCGAUGUAGUCAUUUUUCCUAAAUAUGUCGGGCAACCAGUUUUACGGGUACUCUCUUGUACACAGCCUGGGUUUCGACAUCACGGGGGAUAUUUAUAUAUUCGGAAAUUAUCCUUGAAAUGCACUUGUCCUUACUCGCACUCCUGUAGCGCACGUUGACGGGACGGUUAUAGGGUGUCAUUGCCAGUGCAAGUUACUCCAUGUAGCACCUCUACUCGGGGGAAUAGCAUUGCUUAGAAACUACGACAGUGACUUGAGGUAACGAGUGAUCAUGGAGAGCUUCUCUCCGCUGGUCCUGUCCAUCGCCGCCACCAGCUUUGUGACGUUCCAGUGUCUGUUCCACUUUGUCAGCCCCUGGAUCUCUGCUCAGUUCUUUCCUGGGUACCACCGUCUCAGUCCCAGACACACCAUAGAGUGGAACUCCAGAACUGUGUCUACAUUGCACGCCUUCAUAGUGGGGCUUUUUUGUCUCUACAUAUUACUUCAUGAUGAUGCAGUCAAUGAAGACCCUGUCUGGGGAGAUCCGUCACUGGUGAAAAUAAAUGUGGCCAUAACCUGUGGCUACCUCCUAUCAGAUAUGCUGCUCAUAUGUUACUAUUGGCGGGCGAUAGGGGACAAGUUUUUUGUAAUCCACCACCUGGCAGCACUGUAUGCUUACUACUAUGUACUGAGCAUAGGAAUGUUGCCUUAUUUUGCUAACUUCCGUCUGGUCGCAGAGCUUUCCACUCCUUGUGUGAAUCAGCGCUGGUUCUUUGAAGUGCUUGGUUAUCCAAAAAGAUCAUUACCAAAUAUGGUCAACGGCAUUGCCAUGACGGCAUCCUUCUUCCUGGUGAGGAUAGCGGUCAUGCCGCUGUACUACAGCCGGAUGUAUGCCGUGUACGGGACGGAACCCUUCUACCGGGUGACCUUUGGUGGCCGCUGUGCCUGGAUGGGCCCCAGUUUCUGUCUAGACAUUAUGAACGUGAUGUGGAUGCAUAAAAUGGCCCGUGGCUGCAUUGGUGUCCUGCGUUCUCCUGGAAAGGUGAAUGUGGAAAAGCUGCAGAAUGGGAAAGUGCACUGAGGGAUAGAAAAAGGCAAUGGUGGUGUUAUUUUAUUGUAUGUCUGCUUCAAAUGGUUCAUGGACGUUUUUGGAUCAAAUGGUUCAUGGACUGGAAAUGUCAUGAGAGUCCCUAGUAUCCCGUGACCAGCCCUAGGUAAAUUGCCUACCACUACACUUAUCUGCCCAGAAUACUUACAAUUAAACAAGCGCUAAACUCCUCCACCAUGAUGGGAGGGGACAUUGUAAAAGCCAUUGGACUAUGUCUCCUCUUGGUCAUUACAGUUCGAGAGUAAGUGAAUGGACGGUGUGAUAUCAUGGAUGGAAACAGACAGACAAAUACUCUUGUCUGCUGGACCCUUUUGUUUCUAAAUUGUUUGUGUCCACUCAAAGGUGUCUUGUGCAUAUUGCCAAAAUGAUAUGAUAUGAACGGACAUGGACGAGAAUGGAAGAGGACCUCACAUAUUUUUCUAAUGUUUAUGAAGCUGUAAAGAUGGCUCUUGCACAAAUAUCAUGAGAUAUAUAUAUAUAUAUAUAUGAACAAAAAUAACAUAUUUACUUACCUAAUUACUCAUUAAAUCUGUGUUUUCACCAGCAUUAGAAUGUAAAAUAUGUAUAUUAAUCAGACUCCUACUGAAGUCUCUCUGCUCAGGAGCCUGCUCAUGUUUGUAACAUACAGUAGGCCUAGGAAUUAUCAGUCAUGUGCAUAAAUUAUCAGGGUAGAAUAAGACAAACCAUAGCAAACAUGCCAGAUUGUGUCAUUUUAUCUCUAGAAGUGACCUUACUGAGUGAUUUAUGAUAUCAGCCAUGGAAGUGCACUUAUGUCUAACCGACACACACACAGUAGAACUUCACACAAGCAACUUUGCAGAGUUAACAAAUGAUUGAUCAUACUUCAUUAUUAACUGUUGAAACAGAGCUUCGUCAUGUGAAAUCCCUGUUGGAUUUCUGGAUGAGAAUAUGUUAUUUAUCGUGACAUUUACAGCCAUGGUAGUUUUAAUAUUUCAUUUUAAAAAAACAACACAUUUUAGUAAUGUACUCUUCUUUGAGUAAGUGAUAACUAAAUGUCCAUAGCUGCUUUAAAUAGACUUCAGACCAGAUACGUGUUUGCUUGUGUCUGCUGUUGAGAUGUCCUGCUCUCUUGUGGAGACAAUGCGGGACUGCAAACAUUGUAUUUCCCAUUUUGCCAAGACUGAAAGUACUCGAAGGGAGUACAGUGGGCAAGGCGCAUUGAGCAAUAUUCAUAAACAAAUGAUUGAUGUUAACCUUGGUUUGGUGUAAUUCGGUCAUCACAUUGUUUUGUCUAUACUUAUGGCUACUUUGCCCACCAUUAUUACCUCCAUCUGUUGUAAAAAAUAAAAUGUAAAAACGUGCUAUUAUGCAUGCGUGUAUUUUUGGGGGAAUUUGAAUUACAUUAAAUACUUUGAUUCACUCACAA